CACCGACACACACUCGCGACACGCCAAACACGGCAAGCACGCGACCCGGGUACUGUUAGAGCAUUGGUGGUUGGAUUAAAGGAUUAAGUUCACUGAGGAUUAACAAACGCCAGGAGAACUGUUUGUGGCUGUUGUCUGUUGUAGACACGUAACAAUAGUUACUGUUGUGUCAGUAUGAUGGCUGAUGAUUGGUUACCACCAUGAUGUCAUGUGAUCUUUGGAUGCUUGUAAUGGUUCCUCUCUUCAUCAGUACCAUAGUGCCUUCAAAAGCAACCCACCCCUGCAACUACACAUUCAGCUAUGUGACAGGCCCAGUUGGCAACUUCAGCAGUCCUGGCUUCCCUGGCUACUACCCCUCCCUGCUCAGGUGCACCUACUUCUUUGAUGCAGCCAGGAACGGAGGAGUGGAGAUCAAGUUUGAGGCGUUUGAGCUGGAGGACGAGUUCGAGGAUGAUGAUGUUUGCAGGUAUGACUACAUUGAGGUCUACACCCUGGACUCACAAGGGUUUAAAGCUCUACUCAACAAAUUCUGCGGCAGCAAAAUCCCCCAGACCAUCAUCUCCCCCCAGUCCAAGCUAGAGAUCAAGUUCAUCACUGACCACUGGCAGAACUCUGCUAGAGGCUUUUCUGGCACCUACCGCUUUCUCGGAGAUGAAUGGCAACCGUUUGACCACAAACCUAACCACUGCGGCAGUGAGAACCUCUCUGGUAUUGCUGGCUUCAUCCAGUCCCCCAACUACCCCAAGAAAUACCCCAGGGGUGUCAACUGUUCCUGGGUGAUCAGGGUGCCAGAGAGGCAGCAGAUUCUAGUCCGACUGCUGGACCUGGAUAUAGGAGAAGGACCCAAGUGUGGAGACUCCAAACUUCUACUCUACAACGGUUACGCCACCCCCUUGAGUGUCCAGACACUGGAGUGGUGUGGACACAAGUCCCAUAUGGACGCGGAUGAACUCCAGUAUGUGACCUUCACCAACAGAACUGUGGUCAGAUUUGUCUCAGGGCUCAGAAACAACAACCACAUUGGCUUCAAACUCAUGUGGAUGGCUGUCUCUCUACCUAAAGAGUCGGAAGUCUGUAGGAGCUUCCAGUGUGAAGGGGGCAAGUACUGUUUGAAUGGGCAGCCAUGCAAGCCCCUCCCCAAGUACUGCAUAUCCCAGAAACUGGUGUGUGACGGUGUCAGGAACUGUGGGCCCUUUGAUGAUAGCGAUGAGAGGAAAUGUACCAAAGAGAUCCUCAUCAUUGCUGCCUGCAUCUCUGUACCCAGUAUUGUUCUACUCAUGCUGGUAGUGCUCAUCACCUACUGUUACAAGACCCGGCACGUCAAGAAAUCUUUGUCACAGGACCAGCCACUGACCAACAGUCAGAGUCAGGGUACGACGUCGCACGACUCUUUUCCAAGCAACAGCCGGCAGAUGAUGCUCCACACUAGUUUUAUGGAUGGCGCCAGCCCUUUCACCUCUGAUCCUCCUGACCUCAGCGACACUGACCCGACAGCAGACAACAGUCUCUUCACUGAUGCAGUUACUGGCAGUUUAAAAUCCCACAAAAAGAGGCCUUCAUAUCACAUGAUGCAACUGAACUACGAAGAUGGAAAUUUGAUGACGUCACAGAUCUAAGCAGCAGCCCCACCACUUUACACAGCAAACUCAUCUAAACAUUAAAUUAUUAAUUAUAGAAAAAUUAUGUCUUUUUUAUGCUAAUUACAUUAAUUGUACAGUUAUUUUACAGCAAGAAUUUCUGGACAUGAUAUUUUAUGGUAUAAAAACAUGAGAACUAAAUGUUGUUUGCUUGUCAUGUUGGCCAUUUGUGCAUUGGUGAUGUUGGCCAACUUAUGUGCUAGUGAUGUUGGCCAACUUAUGUGCUAGUGAUGUUGGCCAACUUAUGUGCUAGUGAUGUUGGCCAACUUGUGUGCUAGUGAUGUUGGCCAACUUAUGUGCUAGUGAUGUUGGCCAACUUAUGUGCUAGUGAUGUUGGCCAACUUAUGUGCUAGUGAUGUUGGCCAACUUAUGUGCUAGUGAUGUUGGCCAACUUAUGUGCUAGUGAUGUUGGCCAACUUAUUUGCAAGUGAUGUUUGCCAUCAGUGUAUUGUUAGUUUUGACUGACUUUAUGAGUAAAAAGUUGAACAAUUCUAAAUUGAAAUAUUUUCAAUACCUUGUAUUUAUUUAAGAUCAAAUAGUUACUUUUCAUGACAGCUAAAAUAUUUCCUUGUAAACAUGUUUAAAAAUGUACCCUUACCUCUAGGUGAAUGUGUUAAAAUAAUAUUUGUAUCAUUAAAGUCAAAAGGAUGGGUCAAGCAAAUAUUUCAGCCAAACUAAGUUUUUUGUUCACUGUAGUUUUGUUAACUAGCCCUAACAUCCAAUGUGGCAAGUUGGCCAGCACCUUUGUAUAAAUAUUGUUUUUGACUGGCUGAACUUAACAAGAGCUGUCAUACUCUCUUCUCCUGACUGUGCACUAAAUACAUUCCCACAAAUUUAUAUUUACACUGGCCAUCCUUGAUCUAACUCUCCCAAUGUUCAUUAAUUUAAAACAAAUUGUUUUAACAUAUUUUUUUAACUGAACUCAUAAACUGUUACUAACAAUAAAUUUUAAUUUUUUUUAUUUUCCUGAAUACAACUGUUGAGGUGCUAAAGAAUAACCAUUUUGUUACAUUUUAUUUCAGUUUCAUACAAGGAAAAUGAUAAUUUUAGCAAUAAACUUUCAGCAUUGUCUGCCCCUGUUGUACAUGUAAAAGUAAAACUGGAAUGCAAAUGAGUUAAUUUGAUUAUUUUAAUGAAACUUGUGUUGCAUGUUGCACAAAAUAUUUCAAAUGUCUUUUUUAUAAAAUAAGUAUUAUAUUUUAUUUUAAAAGUCUUUUUUAUAAACUAAGUAUUACAUUUUUUAUCUGUAAUGUUUUAUUUAUCUCUGUUGUUAUAAUUUUUUUUACAAUUUUCAAUUUUACACACUGACUGUAGUUAGGCCCUACAAAAUGUUAUUUUACAAUUGAAGCAAUUAUUGGUACAAAAUUAUACAGUUUGGUAGCUGUGAAUAGUUUUUGUGCAUCUUUAAUUAAUUCAUUAAGUUAUACCUGUGAAGUGUUUUAUAAUUUUAAAAAUGUUUUAGCAGCAAUCAUCAAUUUUAUAUUUAUCCUGUUUACAUUGUUUUCUUUACACAAGUCACACCAGCUGUAUGUCAUUUUUUUUACAUUGUCCAUAUGUUUUUUUUUGUCAAGAUGUUUUAAUUCGGAAAUAUUUUUUAUAUUUGUGUUUUUGAAAUAUUUUUUAUAUUUGUGUUUGUGCCAUUAGGAAACUUUAUUUUUAUCUGUAUUAAAUUUCUUCAUUCAUGGCAAUACAGAGCUGGGUGCAAAUACUGUGGCUUUUUUGUCAGUUAAAAAUGGUACAAGACAACCAAUUCUGAUGUGCAACUUUUUAAAUUGUUGUAUCACUUGGACACUAUUUUAAAUAAUUUAUUUUAUUCUUACUUACUUUUCUAUACUAAAUAAAGACACUUUCUA